AUGGGAAGAGCUCACGUUUAUUAUCUAAAAUAUCGUUUCGGAGCAGUUGAUGAAAGAAAAUCCAUUCUGACUGCUAAAGCUGCUCUCUGCCAACCACAAUUGGAAUUGGUUUCUUUAAUGGUAACAACAGAUCCUUCAAUGUAUUACUACCCAACAUGUACAAGAAUCGAAAGAUGUGGAGGAUGCUGUGGGAGUCAUUUAAUGACCUGCCAGGCAGUAGAAUCAGAAAUAGUAAACAUGAAGGUCAUAGUGACACAAUAUGUAGGGAAACCUCAUAUGAUCUACAAGGGACAUGAGAUAGUACCCCUAGAACGACAUACAAAAUGUAAAUGUGACUGUAUUAAGAAGGAAACGGAUUGCAAUACGCUCCAAGAGUUCCACAAGAAUGACUGCGAAUGUGUUUGUAUAAAUGUGGAUGAACAACAAAAGUGCCAAUUACAAAGUCACAAUAAACAAUGGGAUCCCUCUACUUGUACCUGCAACUGCAGAGAGUCAAGGGAUUGUAAUUCUAGUAGUUACUACGAUCUUGAUUCUUGCAGCUGUAUACAAAGAUCUUCCUCAAGAAAUAGAAGAAAAGAUGUAUAUUUCUAUGAGCCAACACUAAGUUACAAAAGUAAAAAGAUUCAGGAAUUAAACCUUAUAUGGCCGCUACCGUAUCUUCUGUGUGCCGGCGGCCAUAACAAUCGUAUUUCCAGGAGAGGCAAGGAGAGGUUAGCAUUGGGUUGGGCGUGUGUAUUGUUGCCAAUCACGAUGGUAUCCUUAAACCCAGUAAGAAUUUUGAAACAUGAAGCAGAAGAAGAAAAGGCUGAAACAGCCCGAUUAUCAAGCUUUGUGGGUGCUGUUGCGAUUGGGGACUUGGUGAAAAGCACACUGGGGCCAAAAGGAAUGGACAAAAUUUUGGUAUCACAAGGUCGCGGUGAGGGUCAAGUAGAAAUAACCAAUGAUGGUGCUACAAUUCUGAAAGCUAUUGGUGUUGAUAAUCCUGCUGCCAAGAUUUUAGUGGACAUGUCGCGGGUUCAAGAUGAUGAAGUUGGUGAUGGAACAACAUCAGUUACUGUCCUAGCUGCUGAAUUAUUACGAGAGGCAGAAAAAUUAAUAGACCAAAAGAUUCAUCCCCAAAUUAUUAUAGCUGGUUGGAGAAAGGCUGCUCAGAUUGGGCGUAAUGCUCUCAAUGGUGCAUCGUCAGAUAACAGUGCUAAUGAAAGCAAAUUUCAUGAAGAUUUAUUGAACAUAGCUCGAACUACUCUCAGCUCUAAAAUAUUGUCCCAACACAAGGAAUAUUUUGCGAAAUUGGCUGUAAGUGCAGUCUUACGUCUGAAGGGAUCUGGCAACCUUUCUGCCAUUCAGAUAAUUAAAAAGACUGGAGGAACAUUGGAAGAUUCUUUCUUAGAUGAAGGCUUCCUCUUGGAUAAGAAGCCUGGGCUCCACCAACCUAAAAGAGUAGAAAAUGCACGCAUUCUUAUAGCCAACACUCCCAUGGAUACUGACAAAAUUAAGAUAUUUGGAUCACGUGUACGGGUCGAUUCAAUGGCUAAAAUAGCAGAACUAGAACUUGCAGAGAAGGAAAAGAUGAGAGAUAAGGUCAACAAAAUUCUGAAGCACAACAUUAAUGUUUUUAUCAACAGGCAGUUGAUUUACAACUAUCCUGAGCAAUUGUUUGCUGAUGCGGGUGUGAUGGCAAUUGAACAUGCAGAUUUUGAUGGUAUUGAGCGUUUAGCAUUGGUUACUGGGGGUGAAAUUGUGUCUACAUUUGAUCAUCCAGAACUUGCAAAGUUGGGUAAAUGUGAUGUUAUUGAGCAGGCAAAAGAUACUUUGUUGCGAUUUGGAGGUGUAGCUCUUGGUGAAGCAUGUACUGUUAUCAUUCGUGGUGCUACUCAACAGAUCUUGGAUGAAGCUGAACGCUCUCUACAUGAUGCAUUGUGUGUUCUUGCAGCAACUGUUAGGGAGAGCCGUAUCGUGUAUGGAGGAGGUUGCAGUGAAAUGCUCAUGGCCUGUGCCAUUCAGGCAGAAGCUGCCAAGACUCCAGGCAAAGAAUCUGUUGCAAUGGAAGCAUUUGCUCGUGCUUUGCAAAUGCUGCCCACUAUAAUUGCUGACAACGCAGGAUAUGAUUCAGCUCAAUUGAUCAGUGAACUCCGUGCUUGUCACUCUCAAGGAUCUUGUACAAUGGGCUUAAAUAUGGAAGCUGGCAAAAUUGGAUGUAUGAAAGAACUUGGCAUUACUGAAUCUUUUGUUGUGAAACGUCAAGUGCUCUUGUCUGCUGCUGAAGCUGCUGAAAUGAUUCUGCGUGUUGACAAUAUCAUAAAAGCAGCUCCCAGGAAGCGUGUUCAGGACCGUGGACACUGCUAACUUAUUUCUUAUUAAAAGAGAAAGCAAGAUAUUCAUUGUAUUCAUGAAGAACAUUGCUCCUACUUCUCAAAAAUAUGAAUUGGCUACAUUAAUAUUAUUUAACAGUUCUAAUGCUUUAUGCCACUGAUGUUUUGUCACCAAUAUACUUAAUUUACACUUGUCAAAUGUUCUGUUUGAUACCAUUAAUAAAUAAUAAAUUUCUUAGAUACACAUUGUUUGUUCAUGAAUUUAUUCUAUUGAUUGUUUAGUAUAAAGAAGGGAAAUCACUGGUAUAAAACUUUUCUUUUUAUCACAAAAAUUGAGAUUGUGUUUAGUUUCCUUGAAGAAAUUUAGAUUUGUGGAGAGUAUGAGUGCUUAAGAUUGUGAAAUUAAAUUAAUAGUAGUUACGUCCCUAACGUACUCCCUCCGCACUAAUCUACCCCAAAAUAUCGCAUAGAUGAAACUAUUCAAAUAUAUAAGCAUAAUACAUAAAGCUCAUCCUCGUUUAAUUAUUAACUUAUAAUGUGGUCAUAUUAAUGGAUUUUUUAAAUAUUAUUUUAUUGUUAUUUAGAGUUACAACAAAUGAAAGUUCAUGCUGCAUGAGAAAUGAAAACGAGGGAUGUUACAGCAGCAUAAUUCUUCACGGGAAGUUUGUAAGGGGUUGUCCAUAAAUUGCGUAAUGCUAAACGGAGGGUAGGGGGCUGAAGGUAGUUGCGUUGUGUGAUGUAGGGGUAGGGUAAUUUUUAUUUUGUGUCCUACUUUGUUUUUUUGUCUUAUUCUAAAAUAUUAACUAAUUUGUUUUAAAAACACACAUUAAACUUAUUAAAAGUUGUUACAAUUAAUACAACUAUUUUAUCUUUUUUUUUUAUUGAAUUUGUAUGAUUAUGAAGAAAAUAUUCAAAACUAAUCUGUAGUAUAUUUUAGAAUCCAAUUAAAUUGGUACAGAAGCCUCCUGCUCAUGCUCAAUCCACAAUGACAUGUGCAUGGCUUGUGUUCAGAAAUUUUC